AUGGACACCGAUGGCCGGAAAUUAUUCGUGGCGAAAAUGCCGGAGGACAUCCGGGAGGACGAGAUAAGAAUCGUCUUCAACACAUACGGCACAGUUCAGGAGGUCGUGAUGCUCGGCCCGGAGCGUUCCAGGCCGGGUCAGAGAUGUGGAUUCGUGAUCUACGAGACCCCUGAGGCAGCCAGAUCGGCUCAGCAAGUCCUAGACAAUGUCUAUAAGUUUCGCGAAGGCGCGCCCGAGCCAAUCCACGUCAGCAUGGCGAGACCAAGGGGUGGAGGCAAAGGUGACGGCGGCCAGGGAGGAGGUAAUUUCGGAAAAGGAGGCUUCGAUCCCGGCUUCAACCAAAACCCCCCAGGCGCCUACGCCAACCCAGGCUUCGACCUGCCUGGCGCGGGGGGCAACUUCGGAGGCGGCGGCGGCGGCAAGGAUGGCGGCGUUCCAGGCACCAAGCUCUACGUCGGAAAUCUCCCAGGCGACAUCCAGAGGGCAGCGCUGGACGUCGUCUUUAAGACGUACGGCGAGGUCACAGACAUCCACAUCAUGACAGGGAAGUCCAAGUCUGGUCAGGCCUGCGCCUUCGUCCGGUAUUCCAACUCCAUUGAAGCCAGCAAUGCCAUUGCUGCCAUGUCCCAGGGUUACGAGAUAAGGCCAGGAGAAGGCAACAUCAUCGUGAAGCUCGCCGACGGUCCCGACGGCAAGGCAGUGUUAGAGAUAGUCUCAGGCUUUGGGAACAAGAAGGAUUGA